UGCAAAUCUCCGUACUCUCUUCAAUCUUCAAAAGCUUAAAAGUUUAAAUACCCUCAGCCGCUUACAACUUCGUGUUUAAUCAGCAUCGACUUAGGACUUACUUAACCCGAUAAUAUACGAUAUACGAUAUUCCAUACCGAGAUAUUAGUUACUCUAUCAUGACUUUGACAGUGCGCGCUCGGUUAUUCCCACUAGGAUGAGUCUAGUAGCCGGGGCGCAUUAACAGGCGACCAUGUCAAGUCUCGUGUGCUCGGCCAUAGAUCGCAUCAUCAUCAACAAUGAACAACACGUCUAGAAAUUCGAGUGAGACCAGCAAGGGUCGCGACGCCUUCCAUCUUCCGCCAUCAGACCCCGAAUUAAUCUCUAAAAUCCCAAGGAUAUUACCACACGAACGCGUUUUCCCCAUUCAAAUUGGCACUGAACUUUUUAAACUUUCCGGCGCUUCUCUCUCAUCCGACGCUCCAUCUUAUUUUUCACAAUAUUUCCAGUGCCAAAUUAAGAAGGCCGAAGAAAGUGGUGAAGAUAUAUCAACCGCUAUACGGACCCUCUACAUAGAUCGGGAUCCAAUUACUUUCAGGGAUAUCUCCCUUCAUUUACAAGGCUAUCAUGUCUCCCCGCGAGAUGGGACGCACUUUGUGCGCCUCUUCGCUGAUGCCCAGUUUUAUACGUUACCCAAGCUGAUGUCGCAGCUCUACGAAGAGUCUAUCUUCAUUUCUAUUGGUCACCGCGAAUUCCAGAUCCCACGCGACAUAUUCACCGGACCCGGCAACUCACCUAACUUCUUUUCUUUGGGCUUCGGCGUUUUCUUCUCAUCGCGAGAUGAGAUAUUUCCCGGACUCGACCGGGAGAAUUUAAUUAGGCCGCCUUCUAUUAUGCCGCCGUCUGUCCCGAACCGGUCUGCUGAUACUUUUUAUGAGUUAUUGCACCUUUUGCGAGGAUACCCGGUGCAUAUUCGCGAUGAGGAGCAUCGCGCUUCCCUCCUCCGCGACUGCCGAUACUUCAAUUUUAAGGGAGUGGAACAGAAGUUGAUCCCACACCAUAUAAAUUAUAAUCUAUCUCGGCGGCGAUAUGAAAUUACUCUUAGGUUGGAAGAUAUUCUCAAAUCUGGUAUUUCGAUUGUCACGGAUGUUACAACUCCAGGUAGCGGUGCGGAACCUGUCUCUGGAUGGGUUAACUACAUGCGGCCGUAUGAGGACGACAAGCAUCACGAACUUAUCUUAGAAAUCGGAGGUGAGAAUACGAAGAUGCAUCUAAACGUCAUGCGAGCAGAAUUCUUCGGCCAGGUCAAAGUCCGCGUUGCGAGGCUAUUUGAGGUAAUAGCUACGAAACUCAAUCUUCCGCCAACUACCCAACCUUUGGGACUUUUGAUGGCGUCGGGUGGGGCCAGCAGCCAACCAGCGACACCAGGGAACACCCCGUUGAGCGAGGAUCUCGUUCGAGUAGUAAUCGAGCCUGAGACGCAUAUCAUCCUCGACGGCAAAACAUACACCAACUACACAGAAAUUGAAGAAAUGACUACAGCGAUGUCGGCGUCGUCAUCAAUAGGGCAUGGCGGAGGACAAGAUUCGCCCAUCUCCAGCAUAGGCGGCUUCUACGGACCGUCGAGGAAGAGGAGGCGAAUAGACUUAUCAGGCCAUAUAGCGGACGAGUGGAUAGUCAAGACGGGACAGUGGAGGCUCCGGAUACAAGGCUCGAGGAACGGGAAGAGCGCGAUCGAAUGCGUACUCGUAGCCGUCAAGCUGGACGCGUAUAGUACAGAGCAAGCGAGAAACGCCCAGCGAGGGUUCUUAAAGGGUUGACGGCAAUGGCGGCCCGGAGGAUCGCGAUGGAUAUAUCAUUGUUUUAUCCCGUUGGAUUUGUGCCGUGUUAUGUCCCUUGCGAUUUGUGAUUUAUAUAAUUGUACGAUCAAAAUAUAAAACUGUUAAUUUUA